AUGACCGACAACUCCACUCCCACCUCAACUGCCACCUCCGACCCGACAAUGACUGACAACUCCACUCCCACCUCAACCCCCAACUCCACCCCCACCAUGACCAAGAACUCCACCCCCACCUCAACCCCCAGCUCCACUCCCACCACGACCGACAAAUCCACACCCACCUCAACCCCAAGUUCCACUCCCACCACGACCGACAAUUCCACUCCCACCUCAAACCCCAGCUCCACUCCCACCAUGACCAACAACUCCACUCCCACCUCAACUCCCAGCUCCGCCCCGAGCACAACCAACAACUCCACCCCAAUGGGUGCCACAACCCCCAGCUCCACUCCCACCUCAACCCCCAGUUCCACCCCCACCAUGACCGACAAUUCCACUCCCACAUCAACGCCCAGCUCCACCCCAACCACAACCAACAACUCCACCCCAACUGGUGCCGCAACCACUAGCUCCACACCCACCACGACCCCCAACUCUGCUGCAGUCAUGAAUCCCAGCUCCACCCCCACCACAACCGACAACUCUAUUCCCACCUCAACCCCCAGCUCCACUCCCACCACAACCGACAACUCCACACCCACCUCAAACACCAGCUCCACUCCCAUCACGACCGACAAUUCCACUCCCACCUCAACCCCCAGUUCCACUCCCACCACGACCGACAAUUCCACUCCCACCUCAACCCCCAGUUCCACUCCCACCACGACCGACAAUUCCACUCCCACCUCAACCCCCAGUUCCACUCCCACCACGACCGACAACUUCACUCCCACCUCAACCCCCAGCUCUGCCCCGAGCACAACCAACAACUCCACCCCAAUGGGUGCCACAACCCCCAGCUCCACUCCCACCUCAACCCCCCGUUCCACCCCCACCAUGACCGACAAUUCCACUCCCACAUCAACGCCCAGCUCCACCCGAGCCACAACCAACAACUCCGCUGCAAUCAUGAAUCCCAGCUCCACCCCCACCACAACCGACAACUCCAUUCCCACCUCAACCCCCAGUUCCACUCCCAUCACGACCGACAAUUCUACUCCCACCUUAACCCCCAGCUCCGCCCGAAGCACAACCAACAACUCCACCCCAAUGGCAUGA